AUGACUUCAGUCACUUCGAAAGUCUUCGCCAUAACCGGUGGAGCGUCCGGGAUAGGGGCAGCCACAUGCCGCUUACUUUCAAAACGGGGAGCAUCAGUCAUAUGUGUAGGCGACAUCGUAAACGAUCAUUUCGACGAACUUCGACGCGAUAUUGCAAGGAUAAAUAAUACAACCAAAGUUUCAUGUACAGUUUUAGAUGUCACUUCAUCAGCCCAAAUUGAGAGAUGGAUAUCCUAUAUUGUAGAUACGUAUGGAGAUCUGUACGGAGCAGCCAAUAUCGCUGGAAUUGCACAAGGCGCAGACUUACGGACAUCGCCUACUAUCCUCGAAGAAACAGACGACGAAUGGAGCAAGGUCAUGAAAGUAAAUCUCGAUGGUGUAUUCUAUUGUACAAGAGCAGAGAUUCGUGGCAUGAAAAAUCUUGAGAGGAUUGGUCGAAGCAUUGUCAAUGUUGGCAGUAUCGCUGCUUUUUUACAUCAGCCAGAUGUGUAUGCUUAUGGGACAUCGAAAGCAGCAUGUGCCUACAUGAGCACUUGUGCCGCCGCUGACGCGUUUCCUUUUCGCAUAAGAGUAAAUACUGUUUCCCCUGGCAUUACAAACACUCCAUUACUACCUAGUUUCAAUCCGAAGUUGAACUCUCUUGAUGAGGUGAAGGAAUUGUACGCAAAGAAUGGCUUGCCACUGAUUGAGCCUGAAGAUGUUGCCAGAACAAUUGUGUGGCUACUGAGUGAUGACUCGUGGCCAGUCUACGGCAGUCAUAUCAAUGUUGGGGCUUGCGUGCCUUAG